GUAGUGAUUUGUGUACCAUGACUGUGAAAGAACUUGGUUUUAAAUCGAGUCGCUGGCGACUUGGUUUUGCUGUAUAAAGAUGUCACUUCAGCGUAAUCUAUGGGAUGGCUUUUUUCGGAUAGCACUUGUAAACAUAGAUCUCAACCACGAUGGCUACUCUUCAAAUAACAUCAUAUAUCCUGGAUGCGUCGUCACUAUUACAAAAGACAACAGGCAUGCAGCAUUUCGAGGUUCAGGGCAUCUUGUUUCUAUAAAAUAUGAUUGGAAUUGUUAUUUUGAAUUGCCAUAUAAUGAAGAUAUUUCCCUUUUAUUGGAAAUCUUGGAAAAGCCUAAUAAAUUCCUAGUCUCAUGUGCCUUAACAACUUAUGAUCUCAAUGAAUUAUGUCCAGAUAACGAUUGUUCUUAUUCAAAAUGGGUGCAUUUAAAUUCAAAAAGUCGGUUGCUAAUCCAGAUUGAAUACCAUUCUUCUGAUGAUCUGGCCAUUGCGUUUCCCAGCUGCACUCCUAACUUGGAAAAAGUGAUACACCAUCAUGCUUUUAAGAAAAAUCACCGCAAGAAAUCCCAUGAAUCCAAACUCCAACAGGUUGUUGCCGCGAUCUCCCAAAAGCCCAUACUUUAUGCCAUUCGCAAGAAGAUUUUACGGGCCUCAAAAAGACCAAUGUUGGAUCAUGAAGGCUUUCAGUCGCCGGAAAGGCAAAGACGAACGCAUGAUAGAGAUGACUUACCUUCCUCCAGUGUUAAAGAAAGUAGGUAUGGCCGUGAGGAUGUUCUGCCGAAAAGCCCAGAGAAAAACAUGCCAUUUAGGGAGUACCAUUUAGAGGAUUUUACAUUUCUGAAAGUACUUGGAAAAGGUAGCUUUGGAAAGGUACUGCUGGCCACGUUAAAAAAUACGGAAAUGUAUUUUGCCAUCAAAGCACUCAAAAAGGACGUUCUUCUUGAAGAUGAUGAUAUUGAAAGUGCCAUGAUCGAAAAAAAAAUUUUAAUUCGUGGCACAAAACAUCCUUACAUGUGUAAACUUUAUUGCUCUUUUCAAUCUGAGAGCUAUCUCUUUUUUGUUAUGGAAUAUCUCAAUGGUGGGGACUUAAUGUUCCACAUAAACGCUGGUCGCUUCGAUUUGAGGAGAACUAUUUUUUAUGCGGCCGAAAUCAUCACUGCUUUAAAGUUCAUGCACCAACAAGGAAUUAUAUACAGGGACAUCAAGUUGGAUAAUGUAAUGCUGGAUCGAGAUGGUCACAUUCGUCUUGUGGACUUUGGAAUGUGCCACUGUUAUAUAUAUAAAGAAGAAUGUUUGCCAUGCAAUUUCUGUGGUACACCAAUGUACAUAGCACCUGAAAUUUUAAAUGGGGAAGCCUACAAUCAAGCAGUUGACUGGUGGUCAUUCGGGGUUCUAUUGUAUGAAAUGCUGAACGGAAGAUCCCCUUUCUGUGGAACAGAUGAUGAUGAACUCUUUUGGAGCAUUUGUAAUGAGGAACCAACUUAUCCACAUUAUCUCACUAAGGAAUCAGUAGACAUUCUUAAGCUACUAUUAAACAAGAAACCACAAGACAGACUUGGAUCCCCUUCUUGCCCUGCAGGGGAUAUUGAAAACCAGCCUUUCUUCAAUUCAAUAGAUUGGAAAAAAAUAGAAAGGAAAGAAGUAACGCCACCUGUAAAACCCAAAAUUAAAACAGCUUACGAUUGCGGAAACUUUGACCCAAGUUUUACCCGAAUGGAUGCUACGCUAACUCCAGUCUCCCCAAACACUCUGGGUAAAAUUGAGCAAAACUUGUUCUUAGGCUUUACUUACACAAACCCUAAUAUUACUGGUAAUUGAAAGUGUAAGAGUUUGGUCUAAGAUGAAUCAUAAGUUUUGUAUAUCAUCAAAUACUGCAAUCAAAUGUAAAACGCAUUAUUUGUUUAAUUUUAUGAUAAUAUAUGUAUGAAAUUCUAAUGUGUCCAAACAAAUAAAAUUAUUUCUUUUUA